CCUCAGUAUCACGAAAUGAUGGCUAUACUAACGCCAGCCAGUCUUGGCGCCAUACAAAAGGUGCCGGCGGUGGCCAGACUUUCCACCGCGCCGAAGCUGGGGAUUGACCCAAACCUCUUCGUUCGUCUCCAUUGUCGCCGCUGACCACCUCCGCGUUCGUUAAGGCGAAUGCAGCAAGGUCGAAAAUUCCAUUUCCAUCAAACCCUUCACCUAUAUUGCUAGAUCCCCCUAUGCGACAAACUACCAUGCGCUGAUCGCUCCCAUCCGGAAGCUCCUUAGUUGCAGUUGAUCUCACCCCAGCCGGCGCCAUCAAAUCACCACCAUGACCAUCACAUCGGUGCAGUCGGUUCUCCCGACUCGCUUUGCGAUGUCCUCGUCCGAGAAUGGUGCCGCCAAACCUCCCCCUAAAAUAUACCAUGCGCAGGAUCCUCCUUUCAAAGGCUACCAGCCACCGCAGCCGGAGGGGUACGAGCAGAGCAGAUCCAAGCCUGAUACCAGCGCCAUCGUGAUUGACAAUGGAUCGAAUCUCGUCAAAGCCGGAUGGUCAUUCGACCAAAGCCCCCGUUUCAUUCUGCCGCCUGUGAUGAGUCGCUACAGGGACCGAAAAUUAAACAAAGCCUGUCAGUUUAUCGGAUACGAUGCCUACGUCGAUGCUACUACGCGUGGGCAGCUGCGCUAUGCGUUCGAUCCGGGCACCAGUGUGGUUGGCAACUGGGAUGUGAUGGAAGGAGUGCUUGACUAUCUGUUUAUCAAACUGGGAAUUGAUGGGGCCAAUGGAGGAGUUGACAGACCUAUUGUCAUGACAGAACCUAUUGCAAAUCUCAAUUACCCGAGAAAAAUGAUGAACGAGAUCCUGUUCGAGUGCUACUCCGCUCCCUCCGUCGCGUACGGUAUCGAUUCACUCUUCUCCUACCGAUAUAACCGUGGAACGGAUGGCCUCAUUGUUUCCUCGUCGCACACUUCGACGCACGUCAUUCCCGUCCUCAAUUCGAAAGCCCUGCUAUCCAACUGUUCGCGCCUGAACUGGGGUGGUAUGCAUGCCUCGGAAUACCUCUUAAAAUUAAUGCGACUGAAAUACCCCACCUUCCCCGCGAGGAUGACUGAAAACCAGAUGGAGGAUCUUGUGCACCGCCACUGUUAUGUUUCCAAAGACUACGACCAAGAAAUAAGCAGCUACUUAGAUUGGACCGGUUUGGAAGACAGAGACCAUGUGAUCCAAUACCCGUAUACGGAGCACAUUGUGCCUGAGAAGACAGAGGAAGAAUUAGCCCGGAUUGCAGAGAGGAAAAAGGAAAGUGGGCGCCGACUACAAGAGCAAGCCGCCAAGAUGAGGCUUGAAAAGCUCAUGAAGAAAGAGCAGGAAUUAGAGUACUACAAAGACCUGCAGCGUGGUCUUCAGUCCGAGACGAAGAAAGAGAUGAAGCGCAUUCUGGAUGCUGAAGAUCUGAAGGACGAAGCACAUCUCGAGAGGUUGAUCCGGGACCUUGAGCGGUCCAUCAAACGAUCCAGGAACAGAGAUCUAGGGGUUGAAGAAACCGAAGAACCUCCGGAGGAAAUGUCGUUCCCUCUACUAGAUGUGCCAGACGAGGAGUUAGACGAGGCUGGAUUGAAGGAAAAGCGCCAUCAGCGACUCAUGAAAUCCAAUGUCGAGGCGAGGCAACGAGCAAAGGCAGAGAAAGAACGGGAAAAGGCCCGUCGCGAAGAAGAAGAGCGUCUAGAUCGCGAAAAGCGAGAGAACGAUUUUGAAGGCUGGGUUUCUGAGCGAAGAGCCAUGCGCCAGAAUAUUCUCCAAAAAAUCAAAGAGCGUGAUAGGAUGAAGGCGGAUCUCGGAAAUCGCAAGUCGCUCGCCAGUCAGAUGCGUAUGAAGACUCUCGCCAAUCUUGCUGCAGACGGCCCCAAGAAGCGAAGGAGAGGUGGAGACGAUGAUAAUUUCGGAGCCAAUGACGAGGAUUGGGGCGUUUACCGAACGGUAGCCACUGGAGAUCAAAGUGACGAGGAGGAGGAGGAGGACCUUGGUGGAAUGCUCGGUAACGUGGAGAAGGAGCUUCUCGAACACGACCCGGAAUUCACGGAGAACCAUACGCUCGCUGCGCAGUCCGACUGGACGAAGAGCUUGGUUCACGUAUUCCUUCGUGGUCCCUGGCCCUUUGACCCAGAGAGCCAACGUGAGGCGCAUCAAAUCCACCUGAACGUGGAACGAAUCCGGGUGCCUGAGGUCGUCUUCAAACCCUCCAUCGCGGGUGUUGACCAGGCAGGAUUGGUUGAAAUUGCCGCCGACAUUGUCAAUCAAAGAUUCUCGAGUCCGGAAGAACAGGUGAAGUUACUGCGGGAUGUCUUCCUAACCGGUGGCAACUCUCUUUUCCAGAACUUCGACGAACGAUUCCAGAAAGAGUUCCGAGCCUUCCUUCCUGUUAAUACGAAGUUGGCUGUCCGUCGCGCCGCCGAUCCAGUGUUAGAUGCUUGGAAGGGAGCUGCUCAAUGGGCCUCGGGGGCGGAGUUGGCCAAAUCCUCCAUUUCACGAGCAGAGUAUCUCGAGAAGGGCAGUGAAUAUCUCAAAGAGCACAGUCUGGGCAAUGUCACUUCGUGGUAAUUAGCUGCCAGCUGCAAGGAUACGACUAGACUAAUGUCGACUACAAAGUACGGCGGUAGGACUCGGGAGUCGGGCGUAUAAAUUGGUCGUUAUUUGGAUGAGAUUUAUGGCUUCUACAGAGUCAUCAAGGAUCGCAAAACAUUAACUAUCUGUACUACAUUAUUCAUCAGAGACUAUCAGGUAGCAAGCAUCCAUAUUGAAUUCCUCGGUUUACAUUGGCAGUUUGUAUAAUUCUUCCUUACCUCUAUACUGGUUUAAUAGUUAAUAAUUUAAAUUAUUC